AUGAAUUUCACGCAGCAGCUGAAUGCAAAUUAUUCCAUGGCAUCGGGACAGUUGGCGAGGAACGGAUCACAGCUGGACCCUGCCAGCACCUACUUCAGGGAGAUCGUAGCCUCGGAUGCCGCGGUCCAUAUUCUGAUCACCUUCUUUCUGCUCACUUACUGCCUGACGCUGAUGCUCAACGGCUCGGUCCUCGUCGCGCUCUAUAAAUCCGAAGAGCUGUCCUGGCAGCCCCGGUUCAUUCUGGUGAAAAACCUGCUCAUCUGCGAUCUGCUCCUGGCCUCCACUAUAACGUCUUGCUCCGUGUACGCGCUCUUGAAGUGGCAGACUAUGAGAUUCGGCUUCGGGUGCCUGUUCCAGUAUACGGUUGUAACGGUGUGCAUAUUCUGCAUGAUAUACACGUUAACCCUGAUGGCCCUGGAGAGGUACAUAUACAUCUGCCACGCCAUUCAGUACAUCAACAUCCUCACAUCCAGGCUGAUCCGACUGGUCCUCAUGUCCGUGUGGCUUGUUUCCGUCGUACCGUGCGCCGUGUACCUUCUCCUGCUCACUUUGCGCCCCGCUCCCGAAGGGAGGAUCACCUCGGGGUUACUCUGUGACCCCGAAAUUCUAGAAGUAUACUUCGGAUAUGAUCCUACUGUGGCCGCUUUUCGGAAAUCCUGGGGUCUUCUGACUCUGGUCACCUGCCUCUUGACCUUCGCGUUCUGCUACUACAACAUGUAUAAGAAGGCGAGGAAUGUGGUGGAGCCAUUCAACCAGACCAACAAGCGAGCGCGCAACACGGUGAUGUUCUACGGGGCCAUGAUCGUCCUACAACUCAGCCCGUAUCUGCUCAAAAGCGUCACAGACCUUUUAUUUGAAACAGACAGCACAGUCGUCCACGAUCACCGGACAGGAAACACUCUCCAUCUUACUCUGUUGAUCUUCAUCGUCCUGCCGCCUUGCCUCAAUCCCCUCAUCUAUGGCCUACGCAACAAAGAAGUGCGCCAUGCCAUCUCAAGGAUAUCCCGCUGCCCGUGGAUCGUCCUGGACUGA